AUGUCAUCAUUUGAUUACCCUUAAAAAUUAUCUGAACCCUCUUCAUUAACAUCCAUUUAAUCCUUUAAAAAUUCAUAUGAAGAAGAUGUAGAAGAGAUUGGUAUUGUUGCAGAAAAACGAUUAUUAUCAUAAUUGUUUGAAGAUUCUCUAGAAUAUACAAAUAUAAAUAUUUAAGUAAUAUAAGAAAUUGUGAUAUCAAAGAGGACUAGAAAGGAAAGACAUUUAAGUGAUAAACAACUUAAAAGUUAAAAUUUGCAUUUUAAAUGUUAAGAGAGUGAACAACGGUUAUUAAGCGAUUCUUAGAAUGGAGCAAUACGAUAUCCUUGUUGUAGAGAAUGUUGUACAAAUGAAUAAAAAUUAAAUGAUAUCGUUGCAUAAGAUUUGAUUCAAGUUACAUAAGCGAAGGAAGCUGCUAAAUUUAAGCAAGAGACAGUUACUUUAAACUUGAUUUCAAAAUAAUAAUAAAUUGGCAAAAACAAUGAUUUGGGUGAUAAGAUCUGUAAGAAAAUCUUAAAGAUAGAAGAAUCUUAACAUUUAUAUAUUCAACCGUAUCAACGCGACCAACGCCAAGAGAAAUGGUAUUGA